AUGCUGGUUCCUCUACCAGGAGAAGAUUGGAUGAAAGGCUCCCAAGGUCAUCUAAUUGUAACUCAAAACAUAGAAUAUAAUCAAUCACAGCUUGGCAUUAACCCAACUGGACAUAAUCUGGGUGAGAUGUCUGCUAGUUCUGAAUAUGGGAGAGAUUUGAAAAAUAAAUGUAAUCUUUCUGUGCACAAAGAAAUUCAGAAAGAUGAACGAACAUUUUCAUGUUCCGAAAGAGAGAAAAUGUUUAAUGUGUUAUCAAGUUUUGCUCAACAUCAGAGAAAUUCCACAGGAGAGAAGCCUUAUUCAUGUUCAGAAUGUGAGAAAACUUUUACUGUGAAAUCAAGUCUUCUUCGACAUCUCAGAAUUCACACAGGAGAAAAGCCAUUUUCAUGUCAGGAAUGUGGGGAGUUGUUUAAGCGUAAACAUCAUCUAGAACUACAUAUGAGAAGUCACACAGGAGAGAAGCCAUUUUUAUGUUCGGAAUGUGGAAAGGUUACUGUGUGGUUCUCCAUUCUGCUCGACAACCAUGUUGUUACCACCAUGGUCGGAGUACAGUCCAGGAGCAUAGCUCGACCAGAACUGAAGAACAGAUUUUGA